UAUAAUAGCUGUUAAUUAAUUAUUCAUCCACUCCAGUAUUUUGUCAAAAGUUCGUUUAUCGAAUAUCUGUCAAGGUCAAUUACAUCUGAAGAUUCGUUUCACUUUUACAUGAUCAAAAACUAAAGUGAUAAUCUAGAUGCUACUCUAAUUUUUAAUUUACAUAUUUUCAAAUAGAAUGCGCGACAAUCAUCUUAAUUCUACUAAAAAAGAAGUAACUUUUCUUCUAACCACAGAAUGGGACGCAAAAAUGAACGAAACAAGUUGUUCUCUCUCGGACACGGUUUAUAUUAAUAUGUAAUAUAGUAUUACUUAGAGUAUACCAAUUGGUACAUAUACUAACUCGCUGUUCACUCGAGUGGAAAGAGGGACAGCAAGUUGAGGAGUUUACAGAAGGGAUAAGCGCGUGCCACGAUCAUCAAAAUUUGAUCAUCAAAUUAGCAUUGUCACUCUGUAUCCGUCAUUCGCGUGAGCAGCAACAGGUCCCCGGUACUUACUCAACAAAUAUUGAAAGCUAAGCGGUUUAAAGCUGAACUGGUUUAUACCCAAAUUUAAGUACUCCAAAAUCGGAGAUAAUCGAAAAGAAAUCUCUACAUCAUAAUUAUCACCAGUUCAUCUGAGGAUCCAGCAACAUCAAAUAUACAGUGGCGAGCAAUCUGAGUCAUCAUUUCACUCAUCACGUUCACGACAAGAUACUGUUGAAAACAACGAAAUGGAAAGCAAUCAACAACCUGCUAAAAUAACAAACUCUAGCCUGGAUGAAUGUAUUUGCGUUACUGAUCAUGAAUCGCAGAUAACGUUUUUAAUCAACCCUAAUCAAAGUGGUAGUUUUUUUCCUCGAUCUUUGCUACCGAAACGAUUAGGACCUAGCUUUAAAACUAUAUCCAUGACUCUUAAUCUGGGUUUCGAACGGACAUUUCUCUGGGAGUUCAGUGUCGCCGACGUCAAUCAAGCAACUCUUGGUACCGAUUUUAUUGCUCACUAUGGACUCGUUGUAAGUCUAAAAUAUCUCAAGCUUGAAGAUCCAACCGUUAAUUCAUCCAGUAAACAACAAGUGGAAGAGUCAAAUAAGCAACCAAGUCAACAAACUACUUCAGAAGUGGAUGAUAAUCCUAUACAUAUUAUUGACCAGACUUCAAAUUUGGAUUUUUUAGUUGAUACUGGAGCUCAAGAUUCCGUGAUACCUCGAUCUCAAUUACCGAAUCGUGAAUUAAUUCGCGAUCCAAACUACACUCUUCGAACAUUGAAUAACACCGAGAUUUCAACAUAUGGAAUUCAUGAAAUGGCAGUAAAUUUUGGCCCGAAUUUAGAAUUCAAGUGGAAUUUCAGAGUUGCCGAUGUACCUAAAGCAAUUCUUGGUAUAGAUUUUUUACGUCACUUUAAACUACUUGUAGACCCCAUUGACAACACUAUCAGACAUCGUGAUUCCGAGGGUCCAUACAAACAAAAAAUUAAACUAUUUUGGAAAAUUUUCUAUCAGUGUCAUAUCAUUGCACUUGCCUUUUAUAUAUUUUCUUUUAUUCUCUUUGCAUUUCAAUUAUAUUAUUUCUGUGAAUAUAAACUAUUGCAUUGCUCUUCAUCCCAUGAAUAAGCAUCUUUAUGUCUGUUUAAUAUCCAUACAAAAACUACUGCCGAGUCCUAACAGUCCUGACGUUUUUACCAAAGCAAGGUGAAAUAUAUCUAUUAUUAGAACACAAAACCGAUGGAAACUUCCAGAAACUCUUGAAAAAAUUUAACAUAAUUUUGAAACUUUGAACAAAUCGGAGGGAUUAAAAAAAUUUUACAAUUUUAAAAAUUUUUCACUUUAUUAUAAAUUUUUUAAUGAAAUAUCAAAAACAAAAAUCAAAUUUACAUA